UCCGCCCCGAACCCUAUAAAUGGCUCUGGCAUCGACUGGCGGUGCCCACCCAGGUGCCCACCCCGUCGGGAAGAGGAGCCUGAGCUCACACUGAGCAGACAGUGAGCAUGACCCAGGAAUCGUGGGGUUAUUCCAAGGAAAACGGACCUGAUCGCUGGCAUGAAUCUUACCCAUCUGCCAGAGGGAAUAAUCAGUCACCCAUUGCAAUUCUUUCUAAGGAUGUCCACAGAGACCCCAUUCUACUGCCUUGGUUUACUGGUUAUGAUCCAGGUGCUUCUAAGACUAUAAAGAAUACUGGAAAAACUUGCCGGAUUGCGUUUGAUGAUACUUACGAUCGUGCAGUACUGAGGGGAGGACCUCUUGAAGCAAUUUACAGGCUGCGUCAGCUUCGCAUCCACUGGGGUUCUACAGAUGAUAAAGGCUCAGAACAUGUUGUGGAUUUAACAAGGUAUGCGGGAGAGAUUCAUUUGGUGCACUGGAAUUCAAAAUACAGUAAUUAUAAUGAUGCUUUAAGGAAAAGGGAUGGGGUGGCUGUAGUGGCCCUUUUUAUGAAGGUAGGGAAAAAUCCCAAGCCAGAGAUGAAAAGGAUUCUUGAAGAACUAGAUGCUAUCAAGACAAAGGGAAAAGAGGUUCCUUUUCUAAACUUCGAUCCAUCUAUUCUUUUUCCUCAAAAACGGAGCUACUUCACUUAUUAUGGUUCCUUCACUACACCACCUUGUGAAGAGUGUGUUGAUUGGAUUCUUCUGAAAGAGCCUAUAGUUGUCAGUUCGGACCAGAUGAUGACAUUUCGUAGCCUUUCUAGCAACACUGCAGAGCAACCCUUCUGCCCCUUGGUAGACAACUGGCGGCCUCUCCAGCCACUGAACAACAGGAUGGUGCGAACACAGUACGAGUAGAAUCGUCAGGGCAGUCCUCCAUCUUGAGCUGUGAAGAUCUUAAGAUUCCACACUCAUGUUGUAUAAUAUCUGUAUGUCUUCUUCUGGAUCUGUGCUGUUGAGCCAGAUAUUCUCAGCAAUGAAACAGGCCAGGUUGAAAUGAAUCUAACUUCUAGGGGUUAAAUAUAAAGAUAAAAUAAUAAACCACUAUGGGAAAAUUAUGAUCUCUCUGUUAAAAUGUUAGAUCAUUGUAUAUAAUUCUCAUUAAUACAAACAUUUUUGGAGUAACCCUAUGAAAGACAAAUGUUUUUUAAGGAUUCCUCGGAUUUGUUUUCACUAAAAGAGACCAGAUUCUGUUGACAUUUACACGCAGGCAAAUGAGGGAUGCUAAAAGGAAAGUGGGAUGUAUUUCUUUACAAUAUUAAUGUAUAAAGAUGGUUUCAGCUCGAAUCACAAAAACGUGCUAUUUGCAAAGCAGUCAUAACAUUUAUCUUAGAGAGCUCUGAUCUCACAGCAGCUAAGAUUCACCCUUGACAAUAUAGCGUACCAUUAGUCUUUAAAAGCAGAGCUCUUUUAAGAGAUAAAAAUUGUCUGUUUAUUCUAGUAUGAGCUUGCCUUACUCUGCAUGUUGCAAAUUAGCUUGCUUUUGUUUUGCAGUUGGUCACUGAGAGAAAAACCCAUACUUCCUCUGCAAGUCUGAUUGGUCAGGCACCGAACUUUCAAGGAGUUACAUGCCUAGAAGGAAAACAUUAUAAAAGGAAAUAUGCAUUUCCUUUAAUAUGUGAUGUGUCCCCAAGAUGUCCAGAGCCUGUUAGGCAAUGCCUGCAAUGUGAGGGAGAAGUGGUGUUUUUGCUCUUUUGCCAGAUGUUUUAACUGCCUCUUUUAUAAACCGAUAGAGAUUUAGGGCUGGAAUAGAUUAGCAACAGUUUUUUGGGAGUGUCAAAGGGCAAAAGAACAUGUGGAUCCAAAGGAAAAUGCUAAUCCAGAGCAUUUUGUCAGAUGCCCCGCCUCAAAACACACACACACACACACACACACAUCUAAAACAUCCAAAUACAAUAUAGAAUAGGAUAAAAAAGAUUAUUUUCUUAUAUGGUGGUAUAAUAAUUCUAUAAUUUCAUAUUACAUUAUUUGAAUGACCAGGAAUAUUUUCAGGAGUAAAUAGGUAAUAUCCAAAGCAUACUGUUGUUCAGGGGAGAGAAUAUUAUAUGACUUAUUUAAUUUGUAGUUUUAAUGUAGCAUGUGAAAAGUCAUUUUUGAUCUUAUUCUAUCAUUUUGCAAUCUAUUCUGUGUCUGUAAAAUUGGUUUGUAGGGUUGCUAAGAGGAAUGGGAUGAAAGUUCGUAAUAACCUAAUGAGUUUAGGUAAUUUCAGAACCUUAAAUGUAAACAUUAAGAUUCCAGGCACAGACUUUUGUAUCUCCUGCUUCAAUACAUUGUAAACUUUGGAAUAUUGCCUUCCAGCUGUCAAAACUGUGUUAUUUCUUUGUUUUUUUUUUCAAGAUUUAAAAAAAAAAUUAAAAGGCUAGUAUCCUACCUCCUCAAUGUAGAGAGGAAGGGAAACCAUAUAAAUUUGUUUGCCAACUCCAGCAGGCUCCCUGUCACGUGACCAGUUGCAGCCCUGAACUUGCAGUCGCUGAGAGGAAGCGUGUGUGAAUGGGCUUGGUGGGAAUGCAUAUAGUGUAUGUUUUCCAUUCUGCUCAAAGUUUAGUCAACAAGAUACUAGCCAAUAUCUAUUUAAACUGCAUCCAUCAAAAGGUAAACAUACUUUCAAAAUCUCAAAUUUGAAAACGCUUUUUCAAAUAUUUAUAUGAAAAUAACAGUUGGCCUUAUAAAAGUAAUCUUAAAUUGUUGAUAAGAUAAUUGCUGGAGGUGUUUUUCAUCUUGCUUUCGGGCUUAUGCUUUGUAGUAAGAGCGGUUCAAAUAGCAUUGUACGAAGGUCACAUACUGGCUUUUGUAAAA